CUGAGUCCACUCCACCAAUCUUCUCUCUCUCUCUCUCUCUCUUUCUUUAACAUUCUCAUUCCCAUCAAAGCAACAAACAAACACUGAGAGAGGAAUUUUACUUUCUGCAAUGGCGGGUUCUUCUUCUGCGAAAUGGGUCCUCUUCUUGCUUCUCGCGCUGCUCAUUCGAGAAGAAGCCAUGGCCACACCACAGAUCUCUCACCUCAGGAAUGUUGAAGUUGAAGGACAUGGGUUGGUGAGCUUGAAGAACUCGUCAAUGGUGGCGAGGGCACGAGAGGCUGAGAAGUUAAAUGAACGUGCUGCAGUGGCAAACCCAGAGGAGGUGGUUUCAAUGGUUGAGAUGAGCAUCCAGAACAGCACAGAGAGAAGGAAUCUGGGGUUUUUCUCUUGUGGAACUGGUAACCCCAUUGAUGAUUGCUGGCGUUGUGACCCCAACUGGCAACGCAACAGGAAGCGUCUUGCAGAUUGUGGCAUUGGUUUUGGCAGAAAUGCCAUUGGUGGCCGUGAUGGGAAGUUCUAUGUGGUCACAGACCCCAGGGAUGAUGACCCUGUCAACCCCAAACCAGGCACUUUGCGCCAUGCUGUGAUUCAGGACAGGCCUUUGUGGAUUGUAUUCAAGAGGGACAUGGUUAUUCAGUUGAAGCAAGAGCUGAUCAUGAACAGCUUCAAGACCAUUGAUGGGAGAGGAGUGAAUGUGCACAUUGCUAAUGGAGCAUGCAUCACAAUCCAGUAUGUUACUAAUGUCAUCAUCCAUGGCCUACAUAUUCAUGACUGCAAACCCACUGGAAAUGCCAUGGUGAGAAGCUCCCCCACACACUUUGGGUGGAGGACAAUGGCUGAUGGAGAUGCCAUCUCCAUAUUUGGCUCAAGCCACAUUUGGGUUGAUCACAACUCAUUGUCCCACUGUGCUGAUGGCCUUGUGGAUGCUGUCAUGGGCUCAACAGCCAUAACAAUUUCCAACAACCACUUCACCCACCACAAUGAGGUGAUUCUGCUGGGCCACAGUGACUCUUACACAAGAGACAAGCAAAUGCAGGUGACCAUCGCAUACAACCAUUUCGGAGAGGGACUUAUCCAGAGAAUGCCACGGUGUAGACAUGGAUAUUUCCACGUGGUGAACAAUGACUACACUCACUGGGAGAUGUAUGCUAUUGGUGGAAGUGCUAACCCCACCAUCAACAGCCAGGGCAACCGAUACAAUGCUCCUACUAACCCUUUUGCCAAGGAGGUGACUAAGAGAGUGGAAACAGCAGCAACUGAGUGGAAGGGUUGGAAUUGGAGGUCAGAGGGUGAUUUGUUGCUGAAUGGUGCCUAUUUCACCCCUUCAGGAGCUGGAGCCUCAGCCAGCUAUGCCAGGGCCUCAAGCUUAGGAGCAAAAUCUUCUUCCAUGGUUGGUUCCAUGACUUCCAAUGCUGGUGCACUCGGUUGCCGCAGAGGCCGUCAGUGCUAGUAGCAUAUAUAUCAACCAACCAUGUGAAUGAAAGAGCCAUUAAUUUUCUUUUGUGUUUGAUUCUCAGUUUUACCAUAUUAUAGUAGAGCAUCAUCAUAUGUCCAUUGGUUUCUUCACAUCACACCCAUUUUUCUCUCCAUUCUGCAUUCUUGGCAAGUGUACAUUAAUUACACAUGUCAAUAUGGUUUAUGUUACAUUGUGUGUCUUGUUGUUGGUCAACCUUUGCUGCUCGACUUGCUCCAGCUGAAACAAGCAAUGCAAUUGUAGGAGCAGGUGCAGAAGCGCGGUUUCUUUGGUCCUUUUCAUUUUCUUUUUUUGCCUUUUCUUUGCUCCUUCCCAGCUCAUCUCAUCAAUCAACCUUACCCACCAAUUCAUAUGCAUAUUUUUCCAAAUGUCAAAUCAUGUCUCCUUACAUACUGUUCAGUCUUUUUCAGUUUAUAGGAUUUGAAUGAGCCCAAAUAUAUAUAUAAUAUAAAUAUAUAUAUGAUUUUUCUUUUCACCCCUCCUUUGUUAUUUUUUACUAUUUGUUUUGUUGAGUUAAUUAUACAAGCAAAAGCAUGAUUGUGAAAGUUGAGUUAUAUGGAAACACUUUAUCAAUGACGAUUAUGAAAUACAGCAGUAGCUGUGGUGUUGCUUUUUA